AUGUCCCCGGCCGCAUCUUCCCUGAACUCCGUCGCCGCUGCGUCCAAUGGCAAACAGGCCGCCCCAGCCAAUGGCAAACCGUCCGUUUCCAAGGCGGGGAAGCACCAUCUGACCUCGGCGGAUGUUAUCCACCUUGAGCACGAGUACGGCGCACACAAUUAUCACCCGCUUCCUGUCGUAUUCGACUCCGCUAAGGGUGCGAAAGUAUGGGAUUGCGAAGGCCGCGAGUAUAUAGAUAUGCUCUCUGCAUACUCCGCAGUCAACCAAGGCCACUGCCACCCACGGAUUGUCGCCACGCUCACCGAGCAGGCCCAGAAGCUCACCCUCUCCUCGAGAGCAUUCUACAACAGCGUCUUUGGCCGUUUCGCCCAGCAAAUCACCUCCAUGUUCAAAUAUGACAUGGUCCUCCCGAUGAACACCGGUGCCGAGGCUGUCGAGACUGCUGUCAAGCUUGCGAGGAAGUGGGCUUACAAGCGCAAGGGCGUCGAGGACGGCAAGGCAAUCGUCCUUAGCGUCGCCGGCAACUUCCAUGGCAGGACACUUGGAAUUAUCAGCAUGAGCACCGAUCCUGAGAGCCGAGGAGGUUUCGGACCUUAUCUCGAGGGCGUUGGCCCCACCUACGUUGAUGAGGAGGGCGAGCUGAACACGAUUCGUUACGGUGUCUUGGAGGACGUCGAGAAAGCGCUCUCUAUGCACGGCGAGAACGUCGCUGCUUUCCUCGUGGAGCCCAUUCAAGGAGAGGCUGGAAUCGUCGUCCCUCCGGAAGGGUAUCUCAAGGGAGUCGCGGAUCUGUGCAAGAAGCACAACGUGCUCCUCAUUUGCGACGAGAUCCAGACGGGUUUAUGCAGGACUGGCAAGAUGCUCGCGUCUGAGUACGAGGGCAUUCGUCCUGACCUCGUCUUGCUUGGCAAGGCGCUCUCUGGCGGAGUGUAUCCCGUCUCCGCUGUCCUCGCCGACAAAGACGUCAUGCUGUGCAUCCAACCAGGCGAGCAUGGAAGCACCUACGGAGGAAACCCUCUUGGUUGUGCUGUCGCUAUGACCGCCCUGAACGUGCUCGUUGACGAGAACCUUGCGGAGCGCGCCUACAAGCUCGGCGAGGUCUUCCGCACGGCAGUGCGUUCGCUGAAUUCGCCGCUCGUCGCAGAGGUUCGCGGCCGUGGCCUUCUGAACGCCAUUGUCGUCGAUGAGAAGAAGAGCACCAAGGGAAGAACUGCAUGGCAGCUCUGCCUGCUCCUCAAGAGCCGUGGUGUGUUAGCUAAGCCCACUCACGUAAACAUUAUUCGUUUCGCACCGCCUCUCGUGAUUUCUGAGAAGGACCUUCUGGAGGCUGUCAAGAUCAUCGGCGAAUGCCUCGUCGACCUCGACCAGAUCGACGAGAUCCCUGGUGAGGAUGGCAGCGAGAAGGGCCACACCGAUACCCUCACCCUCUAG